UUUUGGAUAAAACUGAUUCAUAAUUUCUCUUUGGAUUCUCUUUUAUGACCAUACCGUAUGGAAUUAUAGAUAUAGUGAUAUAGGCAUAAAUUAUACUCAUUUCCUCUCUUUCUCUCUAUCCUCCCCUUACAAAUCCAACUACCAAAAUCUACUUCCGAAAUUACCCAAUACCCACUAAGCUAUGCUCAAUCCAAAAUGACUUCAUCUCAAGAAAAAAGUGUUUCAAUCUCUUCAAGUUUCAAACUUUUCUGGGUUAUUCUCAUCAUCCUAUACCCAAAUCUAUCAAAAACCCAAGAACUUUUCUUCAAUGGAUUCAAACAUGCUAGUAACAACAUUACCCUUAACGGGAUUUCCAAGAUUCUUGACAAUGGCAUCCUACAAUUAACCAAUGAUACAUCUAGACUUCUGGGUCAUGCCUUUUACCCUCCGCCAUUAAAACUUAAAACCUCAAAAACUGGAAAAGCUUUAUCCUUUUCAACUGUUUUUGCUUUUGCACUUGUUCCUCAGUUUCAAACCUUAGGUGGGCAUGGAUUUGCCUUUACAUUUUCCCCAAGUAAAGACCUCCCUGGGGCCCUACCAAGUCAAUAUCUUGGCCUUCUCAAUUCAUCUGAUAAUGGGAAUCUCACUAAUCACAUUUUUGCUGUUGAAUUUGAUGAAGUUCAGGAUUUUGAAUUCAAAGAUAUCAAUGAUAAUCAUGUGGGUAUUAAUAUAAACAGUAUGAUCUCUAAUGCUUCUGUUCCUGCAGCUUAUUUUGUUGAUGGGAAUUCAAUAGCUCAGAAUAUUACAAUGAAAAGUGGUAAAACUAUCUUAUGUUGGAUUGAUUAUGAUUCUAAUACACAUCAAAUUAAUGUUAGUCUUUCAAUUUCAUCUGAAAAACCUAAAAAUAGUAUAUUAUCUUAUGAUGUAGACCUUUCACCAUAUUUGGAUGAGUUUAUGUAUGUUGGGUUUUCUGGGUCUACUGGUUUACUAGCUAGUUCACAUUAUAUCAUGGGUUGGAGUUUUAAGGUGAAUGGUCAAGCUACCCCACUUGAUUUGGCAUCUUUGCCUACUCUCCCUAAACCUACAAGGGCAAAUUUUGGGUUGAUUUUUGGGUCUUCAAUUGGAUCUUUGAUUGCAUUUUUUGUUAUAGUAGGAUUGAUUGUUUAUCUUGUUUGGUUGUAUAAGAAUAGGGAUGUUAUUGAUUCAUGGGAACUUGAUGUGGGUCCUCAUAGAUUUCCUUAUCAUGAGCUUAAGAAAGCUACUAAGGGUUUUAGGGAAAAACAACUAAUUGGGUUUGGUGGGUUUGGGAGGGUUUACAAAGGAACUCUCCCAAAUUCCAAAACUGAAGUUGCUGUUAAGAGAAUUUCCCAUGAAUCCAAACAAGGGUUGCAAGAAUUUGUGGCUGAAAUUGCUAGUAUAGGCCGGUUGCGCCACCGGAAUUUGGUGCAAUUGCUAGGGUGGUGUCGGCGUAAGGGAGACUUGAUACUUGUUUAUGAUUAUAUGCCCAAUGGUAGUUUAGAUAAGUAUUUGUUUGAUAAACCUAUAAUGAUUUUGAGUUGGGAUCAAAGAUUUAAUAUCAUCAAAGGGGUUGCUUCGGGAUUGCUUUAUCUACACGAAGGGUGGGAGCAAACUGUUAUACAUCGAGAUGUUAAGGCAGGAAAUGUGUUACUUGAUGGAGAUUAUAAUGGUAGAUUAGGUGAUUUUGGGUUAGCUAAGCUAUAUGAACAUGGGUCUAACCCCAGUACGACUAGGGUCGUAGGAACACUAGGGUAUUUAGCACCCGAGCUAACACGAACAGGGAAGCCUACAUCAAGCUCCGAUGUGUUCGCUUUUGGCGCUUUGAUGUUGGAAAUGGCUUGUGGGAGGAGGCCUAUCGAACCCAAGGCAUCGCCCGAAGAACUAUUCUUGCUUGAUUGGGUGUGGGAUAGAUGGAAAGAGGGUGCUUUGUUUGAUGUUAUGGACCCUAAAUUGAAUGGAGAUUACAAUGAGAUAGAAGCAGGGAUAGUUUUGAAAUUGAGCCUAAUGUGCUCAACUGAGGCCCCUGAUUCCCGACCCUCGAUGAGGCAGGUCGUGAGGUAUUUAGACGGGGAGGCUACAUUGCCGGCAGAAUUGGGCCUUCUGGGUGGUUAUAGUGGGAAAAGGAGCAGCCAAAGCAGUCGAAGAAACGGUGGUGGUACCGGAGAAUUCGAGGAUUUUGUACAUUCAUAUCCUCCUACUGCUUCAUAUAUGGAUAUUGAAGCUGGUUCAGUUUCUUUGUUAUCUUUGUCUGGUGGGGAGGAAGGUAGAUAGCCUGAAAAAACAGUUUUCUAACAUAAUUUGUUGUGUGUUUUAGAUUCAUUAUUGAAUUUUUUGUUUGAGAUUGAUCUUAAAUUAUGUAAUAUUAGGGUUCAUACUUCAAAUCUUUAUGUAUAUGUAUAUACAUCUGAUAUUCUGUAUCCUGUUCUUUCUGAGUGUAAGAUUUACUAAGUUUGCACCAUUUGGCUCAUUAUAGAUUGUUUUGUGUCAAGAAACAAAUUUAACCAAAAGCUUGAGUUGAAGGUUGAGGCCCCGACAUAUAUUAUAUUCUCUCACACGCCCCCACGAGGCCUCAUGAUCAAAUUAAACAUCACUUAUGUUGAGUCGAUUAUGUCGGUAACAUCCAUAAAUUUUAUGAAAAUCGUGCGUUAGCAUAUUUUACUCCACCAAAAUAGCACAGCCGGUGCACCCGCAAGUCUUAGACCUGCCAAAGCAAUGGCAUCAAGCAUCUGCUGAAACCCCAAAGUACAUUGAACUUCAAGAAAUGGCGAAUAGCUAAAUGAACAUGUGAGUCCACCUUUUUGAACGAAAUAUCGCAUUUACACAAUGCCUAUUACUAACAAAAUCCAACGAAACGUGUCAACCUUCAAAACUGAAUCUGUCAAGGA